AUGGGUCAUCGUACUCUAGCCUCCACCCCUGCCCUCUGGGCCUCCAUCCCCUGUCCACGUUCUGAGUUGCGCCUGGACCUGGUUCUGGCUUCUGGACAGUCCUUCCGGUGGAGAGAGCAAAGCCCUGCGCACUGGAGUGGCGUGCUGGGGGACCAAGUAUGGACAUUGACCCAGACGGAGGAGCACCUCUACUGUACGGUGUACCGAGGGAACAAGAGCCAGGUCGGCAAGCCUACGCUAGAGGAGCUACAGGCUGUACGCCGGUACUUCCAGUUGGAUGUCAGUCUGGCUCAACUGUAUUACCAUUGGGGUUCUGUGGACCCCCACUUCCAAGAGAUGGCCCAGAAAUUCCAAGGAGUACGGCUUCUACGGCAGGACCCCAUCGAGUGUCUUUUCUCCUUCAUCUGUUCCUCCAAUAACAAUAUCACUCGUAUCACUGGCAUGGUGGAGCGGCUCUGCCAGGCCUUUGGACCUCAACUCAUCCAGCUCGAUGAUGUCACCUACCAUGGCUUCCCCAGCUUGCAGGCUCUGGCUGGACCCAAGGUGGAGGCCCACCUCCGGAAGCUGGGCCUGGGGUACCGUGCCCGCUACGUGAGUGCCAGUGCCCGAGCUAUCCUGGAAGAACAGGGUGGGCUGCCCUGGCUGCAGCAGCUGCGUGAGGCCCCCUACGAGGAUGCCCACAAGGCCCUCUGCACCCUGCCUGGGGUGGGCACCAAGGUGGCUGACUGCAUCUGCCUGAUGGCCCUAGACAAGCCUCAGGCUGUGCCUGUGGACGUCCAUAUGUGGCAGAUCGCCCAAUGUGACUACAGCUGGCACCCCACCACAAGCCAAGCCAAGACUCUGGGCCCCCUGGCCAACAAGGAACUGGGAAACUUCUUCCGGAGUCUAUGGGGACCUUAUGCUGGCUGGGCCCAAGCGGUGUUGUUCUGUGCCGAACUGCGCCGAUCCCACCAUACUCAGAAGCCACCAGUAAAGCGUAGAAAGACGUCCAAAGGGCCAGAAGAUUAA